AUGCCUGUUUGUGCCGUCGUUAAUUGCAAAUCUCGUUCCAGUUCUUUGCAAGGGAAAUUUAAAUACCACGCAUUUCCUCAUAGUGAAGAAAUGAGGUUAAAAUGGGUAACUGCUUGUCGCAGAGAAAAGGAGUUUAAAUUUAAAGGAGCGGCUGUCUGUAACAGACAUUUCACAGAUGACUGCUACGAAUAUGUUUCCACAAGAAGAAAAGCUCUGGUAAAAAGAUUGAAGAAGGAGUCGGUGCCAAUCGUUCAUCUCGACCUUCAGAAAACUAGAAACAAGGUAAUGCUCAAUUAUUGGUCAGAAUGUGAAAAAGCUGGAUCGGCACACAAUGUUCUUGGAAUACCAAGCUACAACGACUUGAUAGAGGACAAUGAAGAAACCCCUUCAAAUGUUUCCUUACAACCAUUCGCUGCAAUUGAUGAUACUUCGUCACAACAUGUAGAUACUGGAAUUUUACGAACUGAGCUAUCUGAACCAAUGGAUUUUGCGGAAGAAAGAAGAGAAAUUGGCAGCAAUGAAACUUUCAAUGACAAACUUUUACGUCUGAAAUCUGAAAUAGGAUAUGAUAAUGAGAAUGAAAGAGUAAUGGAAAUUAAUGAACCGUUGAUUUACUGUUUUCUUCUCAUGGAACUAGUUACCAUGCACAAUAGUAUGUGCCGAUGGCACAUCAG